CUUCACCAUGUGCUUGUAAAUACUGCGGUGGUAAAACUUAUUCUAGUAAAACAAUGAUAAAAUCACAAGAACAAGGAAGAUUCCGACGUGGAGAAUUGGUUUGGGCUACUAAAGAUCAGAUCUUGAAAGCCGAUGAAAAAGAUACAUUAGGUUAUAUCAAGUUUUGGCCGGCCGUGGUUAUUGAGCGUAUAGUUGUACCACCUCAUGUCCUGUAUACAUUACAGCGAAUUUCAGUGGAUGGAACAUUGAAGGUUCGCCAAAACAAGAUUAUGCCGUGGCUGGCACUUGAUCCGGCGGAUCUUACGAAACAAUUUGGUAAUCAAGACAUGACAGAUGAUACUUCACUCGGUUCAAAAUUUCUCAGAGCAGUCAAUCAUGCAAAGGAAAUGGCCUCAAUGUAUAUACCGAUUAUUAAAAAUGAAUAUGCAUUAAAUUGCAUAAUAUUUGGAGCCGAAGUGUUAAAGGUGAACGACUAUGUUAGAUUGACAUAUGAGAAACUUAACGAUUCUGAAAUGAUGCAAUUACCAGUGUUUAAAAUCACAUCAAUGUCUUUAAAUGAACAUAAUAAACUUGAGAUGAGGGGUGACAUGUUUUUGAAAAUGCCCACGAAUGGUACACCAGGAACAAAGUUGAUUAGAACGAACACUGAACAAACAGAAUAUCCACUUGAUUUGACGCAAAUAGCUGGUCGAUUCUACAUGACUUAUCCGAAUAUUACACGAUCUGCAACACCAACUAUACUUGGAACAUUAACGGACAGGCUUAAAAUUAUACGACAAGAAGAUAGAUCUAAAUUAGCCGCAACAA